AUGGAACAGCAAAAUCUAACAGGUGUCUCAGAAUUCUUCCUCCUGGGACUCUCAGAUAAGCCAGAACUACAGCCCCUCCUCUUUGUCCUGUUCCUGUCCAUGUACCUGGUCACCAUGCUGGGGAACCUGCUCAUCAUCUUGGCUGUCACCUCUGACUCCCACCUCCACACCCCCAUGUACUUCUUCCUCUGCAACCUGUCCUUGGCUGACAUGGGUUUCAUCUCCACCACCAUCCCCAGGAUGAUUGUGAAUAUCCAAACUCACACCAGAGUCAUCUCCUAUGCAGGCUGCUUAACUCAGAUGUCUGUUUUUAUUCUUUUGGGGGGUAUGGAUGGUACACUUCUGACAGCAAUGGCCUAUGACAGGUUUGUGGCCAUCUGUCACCCACUGCACUACCCCGUCAUCAUGAACCCACGCUUCUGUUGCUUCUUAGUUUUGGUGUCUUUUUUUGUUAGCCUUUUGGAGUCCCAGGUGCACGGUUGGAUUGUUAAACUUACCUGCUUCAAGGAUGUGGAAAUUUCUAAUUUCUUCUGUGACCCUUCUCAACUCCUCAAGCUAGCCUGCUCUGACACUUCCACCAAUAACAUAGUCAUGUACUUUGUUGGUGCUAUUUUUGGUGGCAUUCCAGUCUCAGGGAUCUUUAUCUCUUAUACACAAAUUCUUUCCUCCAUUCUGACAGUCUCUUCAUCAGGUGGGAGGUACAAAGCCUUCUCCACCUGUGGCUCUCACCUGGCAGUUGUUUGUUUAUUUUAUGGAACAGGCCUUGGGGUUUACCUCAACUCAGCCAUCUCUCAUUCUACCAGGAAGGAUGCAGUGGCCUCAGUGGUGUACACGGUGGUCACCCCCAUGCUGAACCCCUUCAUCUAUAGCCUGAGGAACAGAGAUAUCAAAAGAGCCAUGAGGAGGUUUCUCAGCCAAACAAUCUAUUCUCCAUUACCUGUGCCAUUACCUGUGUCAUCCAUUUGGAGUGUAGUUUGGAACAUGUAG